ACUUCAUUUUCCGUUAAGAUGCAAUAUAGUUCUCGUCAUAUGAAGAAACAUACCAGACUGAUGCCAGUCAUGCCAUCCUGGACUAGGAUUGGGUGUGGCCAUUGAAAUAUGACGUUCUUCUUUUAGACUGCUCUUGUGAAGAAUACAGCUUUGUUGACCAACUCGCACAGUAGUCGGACAGAAGCGAGUAUGCAGUUGACGAUUCUUCUCACAGCCUUCAUGGUUUUUUUUGGGGUCCUGCGCUCCGAAGCCACUGCAGAUUCCACAGAGGUGCCGUCUCCCAGAAUCCUCCAGCCCCAUAGGUCCAAAAUACGAGCUGUUCCAGGAAAGCAGUUGAUUAUUGAAUGUAAAGCAGACCCAGGCCUUCCUGAUGACUUUACCCAUGUCUACUGGCUGGUCAACAGCACCUUCCCAGAGGUAGCCUUCACUGAUGGCAGAGUAUCAGAAACAGAGGAAUCAGCCUCAGAGGACGGCAGGGUGAUCCAGAGGAGUCUGGUGUUAAAGAACGUGACUGCAGAGGAUUUUAAGUCCACUUUCACCUGUGUAAUAAGUAGCCUAGCUGGGCUUGACCGAAGGACUGUCACACUGAUGCCCACAAGGCUAGUUUUCCCUCAUUACCUCACGUCCUCUCCCUUCGUCCUUCACUCACUCCCAACUCAAAACACUAGGGGAAACCGAGAAAGGAAUUUAAGAAGAAACCUAGCAAAAAGGAUCAGGGGGAAGAAAAAAAAACCACGCUAGCAAGAAAUUAGAUUAGAUGGAUGGUCUUAGUCCAGUACUUAACCCUUGUGUGGGUUAAUGAUACAAUUUAAUUAUUUUUUUCAACCUGAGACUCAUUGUCCUUGGCUCAUUUUCUAUGAACAACAUGUAAAAUAUCACUUUCAUUGAGUGCACACUGCACCCCCCUACACAUUUAUAUUACAUAUGUGGUGUUCGAUUCACUGGACCCAAGGGUAAUAAAAGUGCCUGUCUCCCU